AUGUCGAAGGCGGCCGGAGGUACGGCGGCGGCGGCGGAAAGUUGUCCCUCAGCCUCUGCCGGCCCGCCCGCCGCCGCCGCCGCGGAGGACCUGUCCAAAGUGUCGGACGAGGAGCUGCUGCAGUGGAGCAAGGAGGAGCUGAUCCGCAGCCUGCGGCGCGCCGAGGCCGAGAAGGUGAGCGCGAUGCUGGACCACAGCAACCUCAUCCGCGAGGUGAACCGCCGCCUGCAGCUGCACCUCGGCGAGAUCCGCGGGCUCAAGGAUAUCAACCAGAAACUCCAGGAGGACAACCAGGAGCUGAGGGACCUCUGCUGUUUCCUGGAUGAUGACCGGCAGAAAGGCAAGAGGGUGUCCCGCGAGUGGCAGAGACUGGGCCGCUACACGGCUGGGGUGAUGCACAAGGAAGUGGCCUUAUACCUGCAGAAGCUGAAGGAGCUGGAGGUGAAGCAGGAGGAGGUGGUGAAGGAGAACAUGGAGCUCAAGGAGCUCUGUGUGCUGCUCGACGAGGAGAAGGGCGCAGGCUGCGCGGGGAGCCGCUGCUCCAUCGACAGCCAGGCCAGCCUGUGCCAGCUCGCCGCCUCCACGGCGCCCUACGUGCGGGAUGUGGGCGACGGCAGCAGCACCUCCAGCACGGGCAGCACCGACAGCCCCGACCACCACAAGCACCACGCGAGCAGUGGCAGCCCCGAGCACCUGCAGAAGCCCCGGGCGGAGGGCAGCCCGGAGCACGCCAAGCACCGGAGCACCAGCCCCGAGCAUCUACAGAAACCCAGAGCCUCCGGGACCCCGGAUCACCCAAAAGCACUCAAAGGACCCAGCCCCGAGCACCACAAACCCUUGUGCAAGGGCAGCCCCGAGCAGCAAAGGCACCCGCACCCCGGGAGCAGCCCCGAGACGCUGCCCAAGCACGUGCUGAGCGGGAGCCCGGAACACUUGCAGAAGCACAGGCCCGGGAGCAGCCCUGAACACGCCAGGCACAGCGGAGGGAGCCCCGAGCAUCUCCAGAAACACGCCCUCGGUGGGAGCCUGGAGCAUCUACCCAGAGCCAGGGGCACCAGCCCUGAGCACCUCAAACAACAUUUUGGGGGGAGCCCCGAUCACAAACAUGUGGGCGGAGGAGGCGGAGGCAGCGGCGGAGGCAGCCGGGAGGGUACCCUCCGAAGGCAGGCGCCCGAGGACGUGUCACCCCAUCACCGGAGUGUCUACAGUGGCAUGAACGAAUCAACCUUGUCCUAUGUUAGGCAGCUGGAGGCAAGAGUAAGACAGCUGGAGGAAGAAAAUCGCAUGCUGCCCCAGGCCACCCAGAAUAGAAGGCAACCUCCAACUAGAAACAGCUCAAAUAUGGAGAAAGGCUGGGGUCCCAGAGCCCGGCGGGUCUUGCAGUGGUGGCAAGGGUGCCGAGGAAUAGGACGAUGCCUGCCUACUCUCCCGGGUUCUUUUAGGUUGUCAUCAGGGGCUGAUGGGAGUAACAGUCCACCCAACUCUCCAGCUAGCUUCAGUGGACAUACCACACCUUCUCAGCAGCCUGAACCCGUGGUACAUUCUCUUAAGGUCUUGGAUGUUCAGGAAACUAUAGAUCGUCAACAGGGUAAAGAGUAUGAAAAUGACCUUAGUGAGACAGAAAAAGCUAUAGUCAGAGAAAUGUGCAAUGUUGUGUGGCGGAAACUUGGAGAUGCUGCAGGUUCCUGUCCUGGAAUUAGGCAACAUUUGUCUGGAAACCAGUACAAAGGACCAAUGUGA